UGCAUGCGGUCAUGUCACUGCUUGAAAUUGAUGACGAAAUGUGGUGCUGAAAUUUAUCACACGUAAAAGUGUUCAUUUAAAUAUUGAAUAUUCGUGAAAAAUAGUUACAAUUAGUCGUUAGAACAACGCUUCAAGUGACAAGAAGCGAAUUAUUUUUUUUGGAAAUAUUGAAUCAUUCUGCUCGAGAUGAAUAACGUAACAGCGAAAGAUUUGCACCGGCUGCCGGAGACGAUAAAUUUCCCGGCCGAGGAGGAAAAAGUGCUGCAAUACUGGAAGGACGAAAAGGUGUUCGAGACGUGUCUGAAGCAGUCCAAGGGAAAACCAAGAUACACUUUCUACGAUGGACCACCGUUCGCUACCGGAUUGCCCCACUACGGUCACAUUCUGGCAGGUACGGUGAAGGAUAUCGUUACCCGGUAUGCCCACCAGCAGGGUUACCACGUGGAACGACGCUUCGGGUGGGAUUGUCACGGCCUGCCGGUGGAGUACGAAAUCGAUAAGACGCUCGGCAUCCGCGGCCCGGAUGAUGUCGCUAAGAUGGGUAUCAAGGCGUACAAUAACGAGUGCCGCAAGAUUGUCAUGCGAUACGCGAAGGAGUGGGAAGAAAUCGUCGGUCGGCUGGGCCGCUGGAUAGAUUUCAAGAAUGACUACAAAACGCUCUAUCCGUGGUACAUGGAAUCCAUCUGGUGGGUGUUCAAACAACUGUUCGUGAAGGGAUUGGUCUACCAGGGGGUGAAGGUAAUGCCGUAUUCGACGGCUUGCACAACACCACUGUCGAACUUUGAGUCCGGUCAGAACUACAAGGAGGUAACGGAUCCGGCCGUGUUUAUUUCGUUUCCGAUUCUAGGGGACAAGGAUGAUGCUGCCCUUGUUGCUUGGACUACCACACCGUGGACGUUGCCUUCCAACUUAUCUUGCUGUGUGAAUCCGGAAUUGAUUUACGCCAAGGUGAAAGAGCUCAAGACUGGAAAGAUUUACAUUCUGAUGGAGUGUCGUUUGGAGUCACUGUUCAAAAAUCCGGAAAACUACCAGGUGCUUGAUCGGUUUCCUGGCAGUGCACUGGCCGGUUUAAAAUAUGAACCGUUGUUUGAUUAUUUUCGAAAGUACGAAACCGUGGCAUUUCGUGUGGUGCUGGAUGGCUACGUAACGGAAGAUUCCGGUACGGGAGUGGUUCAUCAAGCACCGUACUUUGGCGAGGACGAUUACCGUGUUGCGCUGGCGAAUGGCAUCGUCAAUCGGGAUCAGGAAAUCAUUUGCCCGGUGGAUGCGAGCGGCAAAUUCGUUCAACCGGUUUCCGAUUUCGAAGGGCAGUAUGUGAAGGAUGCAGACAAAAAUAUUAUCCGAUACUUGAAGGAGAAGGGUCGCCUGGUUCUGGCCACCCAAACUAAGCACAACUAUCCGUUCUGCUGGCGGUCGGAUACACCGUUGAUCUACAAAGCCGUUCCGUCUUGGUUCGUUCGGGUGGAACAAAUGAAUAAACAUUUGAUCAACUGUAGCUCGCAAACCUACUGGGUUCCGGAGUAUGUGAAGGAGAAACGCUUUGGAAAUUGGCUCCGCGAGGCUCGUGACUGGGCCAUCAGUCGCAAUCGGUACUGGGGCACACCGAUUCCGUUGUGGAUUUCACCCGAUAAGCAGGAAAUUGUAUGCAUCGGAAGCAUCGAAGAAUUGGAGAAGUAUUCCGGAGUUCGGGUGGAUGAUUUGCAUCGGGACAGCAUUGAUCACAUUGAAAUUCCAUCGGCCGUACCGGGAAAUCCUCCGCUCCGGCGGGUAUCGGAAGUGUUUGACUGUUGGUUCGAAUCCGGUGCGAUGCCGUUCGCCCAGAAUCAUUACCCGUUUGAGAAUGCUGCCGACUUUCUGAACAACAGUUUUCCCGCUGAUUUCAUUGCCGAAGGAAUCGAUCAAACGCGCGGUUGGUUCUACACGUUGCUGGUCAUUUCGACGGCUUUGUUUAAUAAGCCCCCGUUUAAAAAUCUGAACUGUACGGGGCUGGUGCUGGCCGCCGACGGCCAGAAGAUGAGCAAACGGAAGAAGAAUUAUCCGGAUCCGAUGGUGGUGGUGAACAAGUACGGGGCGGAUGCUCUCCGGCUGUAUCUCAUCAAUUCUCCGGUGGUGCGAGCGGAAAAUCUAAGAUUCAAAGAGGAAGGCGUCAAAGACAUCAUCAAAGAUGUGUUCUUGCCGUGGUACAAUGCGUUCCGGUUUCUACUGCAGAACAUUGACAGAUUCGAGAAGGAAGACAAAAUAGUCUACCGCUACGAUGCGGUCCGCCACGUCGAGAACCGUUCCGCCAAUGUCAUGGACGUGUGGAUUGUCUCAUUCAAGGAGUCCCUGUUGGAAUUUUUCACCAAAGAAAUGAAAGCUUACCAUCUGUACACGGUCGUUCCCCGGUUAACCAAGUUUAUCGAUCAACUGACCAACUGGUACGUGCGGAUGAACCGGAAACGUAUCAAGGGGGAGUUCGGUGUUCAGGAUUGCUACCACGCACUGGACACACUUUACGAUGUUUUGUUUGCCAUGGUGAAAAUGAUGGCUCCCUUCACACCGUACUUAACGGAGUUUAUGUUCCAACGGUUGCGGCUCCUGAACCGGGAACCGAUCGAGGGCAGUGUACACUUUCAGAUGAUGCCGACUUCGAACAAUAGGCACAUCAAUCUGCCGAUCGAACGGGCAGUAUCUCGGAUGCAAGCCGUCGUCGAGUUGGGUCGGGUUAUGCGUGACAGAAGAACCGUCCCAAUCAAGUACCCGCUGCCGGAAGUCAUCGUCAUUCACCAGAGCCAGGAAUAUUUCGACGAUAUCAAAUCACUGGAAAAUUUCAUCACUGAUGAGUUGAACGUACGCAAAAUCACCUUCAGUUCUGACAAACAAAAGUACGGCGUAAAACUAAGAGCCGAACCGGACCAUAAAGUAUUGGGAGUACGAUUGAAGAAUGACUUCAAACAGGUCAUUCUGGCAGUCAAAGCUCUAACGGACGAGGAGAUCUCAGCCCAGCAGAAAGCGGGACACUUUACCGUGCUGGGCCACCGCAUCGAACUGGAAGAACUUCGGUUGAUGUAUCAAUUUGACGAUUCGUUAGCCAAGGGUCAUAACUACGAAGCACACAGUGACAGCGACGUGCUGGUUCUGCUCGAUAUGACCCCCAACGAGGAACUGGUGAAGGAAGGAGUCGCCCGGGAAAUAAUCAAUCGCAUUCAGAAGCUCAAAAAGAAGGCCAAACUUAUCCCGACCGAUCCGGUGUUGAUUUACUAUACCGUCAGCCAGGAAGGCGAAAUCAAAAGUGUCGCCGAAAGUCACCAGGAGUUCAUCGUCAGCACGGUCAAGUCACCGUUUGUGCCGUACGGACCGGAAGCCAUUUCGAAAGAAGUGCUAAUCGAAGAAUCGCAGGAGCUCAAAGGAGUUCAACUGAACAUCGUUAUUUGUUCACCGAAGGAACGUCCGGUUCCCGCAAGUCCGUGGAUUAAUUUAAUUCUCGACGACGAAAUCACACCUCGCUAUCAACAGACCCUAUCACGGUCGGCAACGGUUAUGCUCAGGAACAGCAAAGACGAAAUUCUAACACUCGAUCAACUGAACGCCGAGAUUCAUUGUUUGUUCGGAUUGAACGACCAAAGGUACAACAUUCUAACACCGGAUGGUCGUCCGCUAGCCUCUGUGGAUCUAACGUUGAAUCGGAAAUCGUUGUACAUUACUCGCGGAACCGUGGUUCCCGCCCAGUGGACACCGUCGGAUGUGCCAUGCUGUGCUUUUCGCAAUAUGGAAAUCAACGGCAAGCAAACAACGGUGCUCGAAGAAAAUCCUGCCGGAGUGAAACUCUGCCAAUAAUUUGUUAUGUGAAAGAAACUUUCCUGAAUGCCGCUGCUUUGAAAUAAGAUGAAAUUCUUGCUUUGAAAUAAGAUGAAAUUACAAAAGCAAGAUUUGUUGAUCAAUAAGUUGAAAUGUAAUAAGUAAUGUUUGAACUUUUUUUUUAAAUAUGCUAAUAAACUUUUUAC